AUGCACACUUUAGCCAGUACAGGAGUGCUCAGACCUUGGGUGCUGGAGGAGCUAGCGGGGGCGGUGGAGGCGGCGGUGGAGGCGGAGGAGGGGGUGGGGGUGGUGGUGGGGGUGGUGGCGGGGGUGGUGGCGGGGGUGGAGGUGUUGGUGGCGGCAGUGGAGGCGGAGGCGGCGGCAGUGGCGGUGGGAGCGGAGGUGGCGGUGGGAGCGGAGGUGGCGGGGGUGGCGGCGGUGGAGGAGGCGGUGGCGGAGGAGGUGGAGCUGGUCGGGGUGGCGCUGCGCAGAGCGUCGGCUCCGGUGGUGGUGUGUCCCAGGUAG